UGGGUGCGCCUGGAUGGUCGAGAAGACGCGCUCGUUGUGUACGUAUUCGUGUGUUUAACCGUUUGUUUAUCGAUAAUUGACGGAAUAAAUCAAGUGUUUGUGAUAAAAUGAUAACCUGGAGUCGACCCUGACACCGCACAUCAUAAUAACAGAAGGUAACGACGAGUAACUGGAGGAAUUGGACCUCGGACUGACCCAAAAUGUUCUACGCGCACUUUGUCCUCGCGAAGAAGGGACCGCUGGCGCGUAUUUGGCUGGCGGCCCAUUGGGACAAAAAGCUGACAAAAGCCCACGUAUUUGAGACGAAUAUCGAGUCGUCAGUGGACGGUAUACUCCAGCCAAAAGUGAAGAUGGCCCUGCGAACGUCUGGACAUCUUCUCCUGGGAGUAGUGAGAAUCUACUCGAGAAAAGCCAAGUACCUUCUGGCGGACUGCAACGAGGCAUUUGUCAAGAUUAAAAUGGCCUUCAGACCAGGAAUGGUGGAUCUUCCUGAAGAGCACCGAGAGGCGGCAGUUAAUGCCAUAACCCUCCCCGAGGUAUUCCAUGACUUCGACACACCGAUGCCCGAGCUCAAGGACGUGGACAUCGAGGCGCAGUUCAGCUUGAAUCAAUCACGAGCUGAAGAGAUCACGAUGAGAGAGGACUACGGGAAUCUAUCUCUGGUCACUCACGAUCAGGGAUUUGGUGACAUGAGUUUUGAUGGUGAACCUCCAGAGCUUUUGCGUCAUGGGACAACGAUGGAGCCACCCCUGGACCAUGGGCACAUGCUCUUCAGUGAUGGCCCGAGCAUCGAUUCGACUCUAGAGCAGAAGGAGAAAGAGCCAGUGCCAGGUACGUCAUCGACGCAGCCAAUGGACAUCGACACGCCCAUCAGGGAUGAUGGAUUUGGUGGACACCUGGGGCAGGAUAUAAUAUCAGGUGGACUAUUCGAGGGUGGUCUUUUCGAUGAGACACCGAUGGGAGAGGUGCCAGUGCCAGAGUCCACUGGUAUAUCAGAGACACCAGGUACAUCACUACCGACACCGGCAGCUCCUCCCUCCGAGGAGUCUGACGACGACAUGGGUGAUCACUUCGGUGGUCCACCAUCACCAAUGGGAGGAAUGAGCAGCGAUGGCUCGAGACCGACGUCUCCGGCUGUCGGUGGUGAUGAAAUUGGUGGUAGGGCGAGUGUUGCCAGUCACCGAUUUACCCCAGCACCACCAAUAAUCCCCGAAGAGGUGCUCAAUCACAUAGAGGAGGCAGCACCACUUCAGGAUCAAACGACACUACUUCACGACGAGGAGGAGAGCUUUGCCCUUGCACCAGUGGACGCAUCAGCCUUGAAGGGCUUCACCAAAGCCAAGCGUAAACGUAAGCUCAUCGUCGACGAGGUGAAGAAUAUAUCCGGUGAGGAAAUGAAGGCACAGCUGUCUGAUACAUCUGAUAUCGUGACGACCCUCGAUCUGGCACCACCGACUAAACGACUGAUGCAUUGGAAGGAGACCGGAGGUGUUGAGAAGCUGUUUGCAUUGCCAGGAAGAUCAAUACCAGCUCGAGUGCUGUUUAAAAAUUAUCAGAAGCAUCUGACGAGUAAGUCGUACGAUCACGAGGACUUCGGGAGGAUUCAGGAGGACGAGGGACUGCCCCUGGAACAGAUGAGAGAUGCACCUGAGGAGCAGCCAGUGCUGGAUCAGUCGUCGAUUGGUAAGAGGCUGUCGAGAAAGAGGAAGGCACCUGCUGACGAGGAGGCCAAUGUCUCGGGGAUGCCUGGAAUGGAGGAGCAGCCCCUGGAGCACGAGCCUGAUGUACCACCUGCAACACCAGCACCCGAGGAGACACCAGUGCAUCAUGAGAUGAGUAUGCCUGCUGAGCCCAGUGUUCCAGAGAUGAGUGGGAGUCUGAUGCAGUCUGAGGUGCCUGAGGUAUCUGGCAUUGAGCCUGAGCCACAUCCUGAGGGAAUCCCUGUGGUUCCGGAGAUACAACAGAUGUCGCAGAUCUCGCAGAUGCCACAGACUCCGGGGAUUCCACAGGUGUCCCAAGUACCACAGACGCCAAUGAUACCAAUGCCACAGAUGACAAUGCAGAUGCCACAAGUUCAGGCACCGCAGAUACCUCAGAUACCCCCUGCACAGGUGAAUGAUCUCCUGGGGUCACAGGGGCAUGAGGACAGAAUGGAGAGUGACUUUGGUGAGACUGGAAUGCCACAGAUGGAGAACAUGGGGUACGACAGGGAUCAUGGAUUCAUUGGUUACGAUGAUCAGCAUCCACUGGCGCACACACCUGCUGGAUCUGAGAGGGGACCCACGACACCCUGGGCUGAGGACUACGAGUUUCCACCUUCUGUCGGACCUCAGGAGGAACAACAAGUCGAUGAAACUUAUGAGCAGUUCGAGGAGAGGGUUCUCAAUAAGAGGGCUGCUCACAUGUAUCACGUCAUCAAGAGCAAAUUCGAUGGCAAGGAUAGACUGACACUCGCGGAGAUGGCGUACAAGAACUCCAGAAAACAGGCUGCCCAGAAGUUCUACACUCUUCUGACGUUGAAGAAAUUUCAAGUGUUGGAACUCUCCCAGGAAUAUUCAUACGCUGAUAUCGUGGUGACCAAAGGACCCAAGUGGGACAAUCCAUCGUUGUAAAAAGAAAACCAAAAUCGCCACUGUUUUAUUCGAUUUUUAUAAUUGUUCGUCGGUGGAACCAGGAGUCACGGUUAGAAGAAAAAAAAAAAUAACUUGGGGAGUACAUAUUUAUUUCACUGUAUUUUUCUUUCGUAUCAUUAUGAUUGAAUAGAUAUAAGAAAGAGUAUAUUUCUAUGAGAAGAACAAUUAGAAUUAAGUGACACUUGUUUUUCUUUUUUUUUUCUUUACUGAAAAAUAGUGCGACAUGUUUUUUCUUUCGCUGUCGAGCGAUUCUAGUGAGUAAAUGAAGUGCGCGAGUGAGUGAGAUUAUUCAUCACUUUUUCUAUGGAUAAAUUACUGAAGGGAAGUGGUUAAAUUUUUAUUUAAAAAAGCGAGAGUGAUAGUGGAAUUUUUUAUUUGCAGAAAAUAUCGAUUUGAAUUAUUCUUUUUGAUUUUGUUCGUGAUUCAAGAACAAUGACAAUUACCUUAGAUGAAGUAUUGACUCGAUUUUAGGGAUAUUUUCUGCAAAGAUAAUAUUCUGGGGAGAAGUGACAGGUAUCGAGGGAUUUUUCAUGCCCUCGAUUUAUUUGUCGGAAUUAAUUAACAACUAAAUCAAUUAGACACUUUAAUCAAAGAUGCCUUCGAGAGGAUUUUCAGCGGAUAGAUCUGUUUCCCAUUUCCUGCAUUUUUUCAUCAAAAAUAGAAGAAGAAUUGAUUAUUCAUCUGGAGGGGGGGAUUUGAUCCCUCGACGAAGAACAAUCGAUUGAUCUGGGAGCGAUGGAGGAAUGCAGAAGUAAAAAUCAAACGGUUGAUGAAGAAAUAGUUAAUAACAAGACGAUUAAUCCCUUCUGUGUCCCUGAGAAUUUGAUU